ACAAUUACCUCACCAUUCCCACCACUUCUUAUAUCUCUCUCUCUCUCUUGUCUCUUGUGCUAGACUUUACCCUCUGUCUCUCUCUCUGGUGUGUAGCAGAGGAGAUCGAACAAGAAAAUGGUAAAGAACGAUCUCUACCAAACGGUUCCCAGCUUCUUCAAAUGUCCAAUCUCCCUUGAUGUCAUGAAGUGUCCCGUUAGUCUCUCCACCGGCGUUACCUACGACCGCUCCAGCAUCCAGAAAUGGCUCGACUGUGGCAACAACACCUGCCCUGCUACCAUGCAGGUCCUUCACACCAAGGACUUCGUUCCUAACCAUACCCUCCAUCGUCUCAUCCAGAUCUGGUCCGAUUCUCUUGCCCUUUCUUCCUCUACUCCUCCUGCAAUCUCCCAUGACCAAGCCCGACACUUGAUCUUCUCCAGUAAUUGCUCAGAUUCAGUCUCCAAAAUCCUUGAUUUCGCCACAGAAUCCGAAGACAACCGCAAAUUCCUCGCCAACACCGAAGGUAUUGUCCCAAUCAUUGCCGGUGUUCUUGGCAAUGUCGACGCUGACCUUUCCACCUUCGAAUACGCCGUUCGCAUUCUUGAUCUCGUUCUCAUCGAUUACACAGAAAAAGAGCAGCUCAUGAGAUCCAUUUUGAAGGGAGACCAUGAUUUAUUGUCUUCCAUUGUUCAGGUCCUUCACAAAGGGAGUUUAGAUUCCCAAAUCGCAUCCGCUAGGGUCUUGGAGGCUAUCGCCGUCGACGCCGAAUCAAAACUUUUAAUCGCCGAGAAGGAAGGUGUUUUACCCGGACUUUUGCGUCUGGUGAGCUCUAAUUCUGAUUCUACCGCUGCCAUGAAGGCUGGAUUGUCUUGCUUGGUUGCGGUAUCCAUUCCGAGGCGGAUCAGAUUGCAGAUCGUUCGUCUCGGAGCGGUUCAGGUGUUGGGGAAGUUACUCUCCCGCCCAGACUCUACUACGGUCUCUGUCUCUGUCUCAGACAAUGCUUUCAAGCUGUUGGAGAUGGUGUCCACCUGCAACGAAGGUCGGACGGCCAUAUGCGAGGACCGGAACUGCAUUCCUGCCAUAGCGCAGAAGAUGCUGAAGGUGUCGAAGCAGGCGACGGAGCACGCGGUGCUGAUACUAUGGAGUGUCUGCCAUCUGUUCAGGGACCAGAAGGCGCAGGAGGCCGUCACUAAAUCCAACGGAUUGACCAAGAUCUUGCUGUUGAUGCAGAGCAAUUGCUCACCUUCUGUUCGCCAAAUGUCUACAGACCUCCUUAAGAUCUUUCGUGUUAAUUCCAAAUCUUGUCUUUCUGGCUAUGAUACUAAAACCACCCACAUCAUGCCCUUCUGAGUUCUUCACUACUAAACCGUCUUAUUUCUUCUCACCCGGAAACACUAAUCACUUCUCUCUCUGAUUACAGGGAAAAAUCCCACAACCCACCCAACCAAAAAAAAAAAAAAGAUUGUAAAUGAAGAAAAAGUUUUGCUUAGGAAAAGAAAUAUACAAGGAGACAAAAUUCAAUUUUGUUCAUUCUCCUCCUCCCUGCAACCUCUGUUUGUGCUUUCCUUUUUUUUUUUGUGGUAGGAAGAAAAACUGUACAUCUCAGAUUCAAUUUUGUUCUUUCUCAUCC